UCUGAUCUUUCUCGCAAGUCAAUUGAACGACAAAAUGGCCGAACAACAAUCAUCUACCGGAAAAGUACAUGCACUCAUUGAUUACGAGGAUCGCUAUGUGCAGCCUUUGAUUCUGGCCGCUCUCAAGGCGCGCAUGCCUGCCGACGUUUUGGUCUUGAUGCAGUCAAUCUCAGAAGCACCUGCCUCGAAUGCCAAAUUGCUGCAAUGGAAACAAUAUGAAUCACUGGAUCUGGAUCAUGUGAUGGAGAACUCUCAGACUAGUCUCAUGAACUCGUACAUUAUCAGGAAAGCUCUGAUAAGAAAACACUAUCUGUCUACCACUGUCUCUCAUUGGUUGAGCAAGAACCCGGAAUCCUGCUUGUCAAAGAACGUCAAGCCUAGUGUUGAGUUCGAAUUGGAUUUUGCCGAAUUUCUGGAUGAUGCCUUGGUUGAGGCAUUCGAGUUGAGAGAAAGCUUUGAAAAGAAUGAAGAGCUUGAGGACUCUGAAAAGCAGUGGUGGAUCUUGAAGCCUGGAAUGAGUGAUCGUGGGCAAGGUAUCCGCCUUUUCAAUUCCGAGGAAGAUUUGACUGCAAUUUUUGAAUCUUGGGAGGAAGACAGCGACGACGAGGAUGCCGAGCACUCAGGAGAUGAAAGACAAAAUGACGACGAGGAAGAUGAGGGCAAUGGCGUGAUGACCUCGCAACUCCGCCACUUCAUUGCGCAACCAUACAUCCACCCGCCCAUGUUGCUUCCUGCACAUUUCGCUUCCGCAGACCGAAAGUUCCACAUCCGUACUUACAUUCUCGCUGUUGGAGCACUUAAGGUCUAUGUAUACAAGCCCAUGCUUGCGUUGUUCGCUGGAAAGACCUACACUGCACCAUGGGAAAGCGAAGAUCCCAACGAAGAGCUUGCAAGCCAUCUCACCAACACAUGCAUGCAAACAGGUGAACGCGAAGGCAGUGUUCAUGCUUUCUGGUCAUUGCCCGACGACGUCCCUGGUCUGCCAUCGCAAUGGAAGCAGAGUACUUUUGACCAAAUCUGCAAAAUCACAGGCGAUGUGUUCGAAGGCGCUGCCAGAGGCAUGAUGGUCCACUUCCAACCUCUGCCCAACGCAUUUGAAUUGUUCGGUGUCGACUUUAUGCUGGAUGCAGAAGGUACACCGUACUUGCUCGAGAUCAACGCCUUCCCCGACUUUGCCCAGACUGGAGAUGAGCUCAACAGCAUUGUGCAAGGACUAUUUGAGGAGGUUGUUGAUGUGGCCAUUAAGCCGUUCUUUGGUCUUGCCACACAAGAGGAGCAGACACUGGAAAGAGAACGCAUGGCCCUAGCAUUGGACAUCAACUUGGGCAGGAACUGAGAUUCGGUCGACCAUUCUAUAGCGCUCGUGCCCGAAGAACAAUGUUCAUGUCGGACAGUUCCUUGCAAAUUAGCAAGCCGCGAGAUUGACUCUGUCGAUGGUUAAGGUUGA